GCUUGUCAUUCGUUGUUUUGGCCGCAGCGCUUACAGCAGGCGAGCAAGCAAGCAAAUCAGAAACAGUGAAAGUCAAAACAAAAAGAUGAGUUUUUUGACGUGGCACACAAGUUUUAUACUAUCGGCAUUUAUUUUAAUUUGUUUCUUAACAUUCACUACAUCGAAUGAUGAAACUACACAGGAAAUCCAUAAGCCAUGGUAUGAGAAUCUGCCAGCGGUAGCCAUGGAUUAUAAGGUGCACAUUGACGCUGGCAAAGAGGAUUGUUACUUCCAAUAUGUGCAGGCGGGUGCCACAUUUUACGUUUCGUUUAGCGUUGUGCGCGGUGGUGAUGGCAUGGCCGGCUUUGCAGUGCGUAAUCCAAAGAAUGAAAUUGUGAAGCCAUAUCAGUGGCAGGCCACUGCUGACUAUACCGACCAAGUAUCGCCUGGUGGCUACUACUCUGUAUGCAUUGACAAUCAGUUCUCACGUUUCGCCGGCAAGUUGGUAAACAUUUACAUUACAGUCGUGAAAUAUGAUGCGUGGGACAAAUAUGCAAAGGAAAUUGAAGAGCUCCAGUUGAAUAUGCAAAAUUUCACAGUUUCUAUCGGCACCGUGGAGCGUAACAUCAACGACAUGUUGUCCUACCAGUCCUAUAGCCGAAAUCGUGAAGCGCGUGAUUUUGCAUUACUCAACGAUAAUAACGGUUACAUUCAAACAUUCUCCAUCUGCCAAAUUGCGGUCAUCAUUGUGGCAUGUUCCAUACAGGUCUUUUUCGUGCGCAAACUCUUCGAUGUCAAGCUGUCAUCGAAAUCACGCAUUUAAAUUGUAGUAGCUUCCAUUAACUGCCACUUUCAGCAUUUAACUUCAUUUGUUGCUACUUAAGCUCUUGUACUACGAACAAUUAACUGGAUUUCUAUUUUUUUUCUCACUGUAUUUAUGUAACUAAACACUACCAUUUUUUGCACUAGAAAAAUUCCAUUUUGCCACUUAUUUACAUUUCGAUGGAAGGAGGAAUUAAAAAAGACUUGUUUAAAACAUUCUUUGAAAUUACGUAUUAAUUUAAUGUGCUCUUUUUUGACAGUUUAUCAUAUAAAUGUUCAUAUACUAUAUAUAUUUUUUCAACUUAAUAUGUAUGUAAGGAAGAAUGUGUGUAUUUUUAUAAAAUAAAAGAAGUCGUAUGAAAAAGGAAAAUAAA